UCCCCGAGGGGCCCCUGCAACCUCUCUGCGCGAAGACGGCUCCAGCUCUGCAGGGAAAGAAAAGUAACUUCGCUUUUCUCGGAGGAACCAGGAAGGAUUAAGCAGCCUGGGAGAGGGCAGGAGCGCGCCGAGGGUGGAAGGCUUGUGGACUGAGACGCGCAGGGCUGGAGACUAUGUAAUCGCUUCGGUGUCUGUGCAGAGGACUGCGCUUCGGGGAGGGAAGAGGAGGGAUCGGCUCGCUCCUUGGCGACUCGGCAGGCGGAGUUUCGCGGCGGCACCGGGGUUGCGCCCGCCCGCGGGGAGGUCGCUCCAUCCAGCCCCAGCGGCCGCGAGAACCCGAGCGCCGAGCGCGGUAGUCGGCGGGGGCGAGGGCGAGGGCGAGGGCGAGGGCGAGCGAGACCGAGCUCCGGGGCGCGAGGGAGCGGGCCCGGGAGUCCCGGAGCAGGCGAGCGGCGGCCGCGAGCGAGCCGAGCGCGCCCCCCGCCCGCCCCAGCGGUGCCGCGCCGGGCGGCGUCCGGGCGGCAUGGAGAAGGACGGCCUGAGCCGCGCGGACCAGCAGUACGAGUGCGUGGCGGAGAUCGGGGAGGGUGCCUACGGGAAGGUGUUCAAGGCCCGGGACCUGAAGAACGGAGGCCGUUUCGUGGCGCUGAAGCGCGUGCGGGUGCAGACGGGCGAGGAGGGCAUGCCGCUCUCCACCAUCCGCGAGGUGGCGGUGCUGAGGCACCUGGAGACCUUCGAGCACCCCAACGUGGUCAGAUUGUUUGAUGUAUGCACAGUGUCACGAACAGACAGAGAAACGAAACUAACAUUAGUGUUUGAACAUGUUGAUCAAGACUUGACCACUUAUUUGGAUAAAGUCCCAGAGCCGGGAGUGCCCACUGAAACCAUAAAGGAUAUGAUGUUUCAGCUUCUCCGAGGCCUGGACUUUCUUCAUUCUCACCGAGUAGUGCAUCGCGAUUUAAAACCACAGAACAUUUUAGUGACCAGCAGUGGACAAAUAAAACUGGCUGACUUCGGCCUUGCCCGCAUCUACAGUUUUCAGAUGGCUCUUACUUCAGUGGUCGUCACACUGUGGUACAGAGCUCCAGAAGUCCUGCUUCAGUCCAGCUAUGCCACCCCUGUGGACCUCUGGAGUGUUGGCUGCAUAUUUGCAGAAAUGUUUCGUAGAAAGCCUCUUUUUCGUGGAAGUUCAGAUGUCGAUCAACUUGGAAAAAUCUUGGACGUAAUUGGACUCCCAGGUGAAGAGGACUGGCCUAGAGAUGUCGCCCUACCCAGGCAGGCUUUCCACUCAAAAUCUCCUCAACCGAUUGAGAAGUUUGUGACAGACAUUGAUGAACAAGGCAAAGACCUCCUUUUGAAGUGCUUAACAUUUAAUCCAGCCAAAAGAAUAUCUGCCUACAGUGCCCUGUCUCACCCAUACUUCCAUGACCUGGAGAGGUGCAAGGAAAACUUGGAUUCCCAUCUGCCGCCCAGCCAGAACAGCUCAGAGAUGAACACAGCCUGAGGUCCCAACUGCCACCUUGAGCUGAUCACCCGAAGAACACCCGUGGGGGCUGAUGCCAUUCCCCCCCACCCCCACACUUGAGUAAGCCCUGGCAGAGCUGCUGAGGAUCACUGGCUGGGGACCUUCUAGUGGCCAUCUUCUGGACGGGCUCUGCUUCUCCAUGGAAACCGCCUAGUUUACUGUUUUGAAAUCAAUGCAAGAAUGAUUGCAGCUUUAUGUUCAUUGUUUGUUUGUCUGUCUGUUUGUUUGUUUCAAGAACCUGGAAAAAUUCCAGAAGAAGAGAAGCUGCUGACCAAUUGUGCUGCCAUUUCAUUUUUCUAACCUUGAAUGCUGCCAGUGUGAAGUGAGCAAUCCAGGCACAGCUGAGUUAUGAUGUAAUCUCACUGCAGCUGCCCGAGCCUGAUUCGGUACUUUUGAGCGAGAGUGUGUGUGUGUCUGUGUGUGUGUGUGUGUGUGUGUGUGUGUGUGUGUGAUUCUUGAGCUCUUAAAGUGUUACUUUCUAUAAACAAGAAGAAUAAUUGAAUUUUAAAGACUCAAAGUGACCUAUAAAUAACUGGUGUCUGUUGACUAAAGGUGACUUACCAGAAUGGGCUUCUCGAAUUAGAAAGUUGAACCAAUGUCCUCAGAAUCUCUUUUAUGGCCAAAAGUAGUAAAUUUGCUAGCAGUAAAAGAUUCACUAUCUAGAUGAAGUUUUAUACACACAACAAAAGGAAAAAAAAGGCUAGUGUCUUUUAAGAGACAUGUCUUUUAAAGCAUAACAUUCUGUUUACUCUUCAAAAAGCUGAAUUUACUCCUUAUAAGUCCAUUUUAACCUGUAUUAUAUGCUUUAUUGUGUCUUUUAAAAGAUACCCUAUAAGCUUUUUCUUACUUACUAUAGAUUUAGGGAGUACACCUCAAAUAGGUAAAAUUGUCAAAAAAAAUUUAGAGAAAGCCUUUAUUUCCUGAUUUAAAAUCUAUUUCCUUUUUAGGUUUUGUUGUUACUUUAUUUUGGUUUUGAUUUUAGGAAUUUGUCAGAAACUGUUUUCUGUUCUGAUCUGGAUAGUAGUUCUGACUAGAGACAGGAAUACCAUUUAACUUUUCUCUAUUACACUGUACUUUUUCUACCAUGCACUGCCUUGUUUGCAAAGUAUCCAUCUUAUCUAUCCCCCAGGGCCUCUAAUAUACAUUACUACCAUUAAAUAACUAUUAACAGAUUGCUUAAACUUUUCCCAUGCAUCUCUUUCUUGCUUUCUUUCAAUGAACCUUUUGUAAAUAGUCAGAUUGUGGCUUAUGGCUCCAGUUGUGUGAUCCUAACAGGGUCCUGAAUGUUCUUGCUCUGAUGCGAUCUUCUUACCUAGCAUUCAUUGUUGUUACCUAAGCAGUGAGUAGAGGACUGGUUCUUCUCUAUCACCAGCACAUAGAUUACUUUAAACUGUUACUUAGUGUUUUAUGAUUUCUUAGAAUAUGUUGUCAGUGAAGAAUCAGAGGGGAAUAUCUUUAACUAUUUUUUAGAAAUAUAUAUAUUUUACUCUAUAAAAUGAUCUUUUCUCCAUCCCAAGGCUCUGCUUGUUUCUAGUGCCUUGUGCAUACUCCUGCUCUCUGCAGAGCCAGCCUGACCUGGGCAUUGUGAACAGCUUUAUUUUUGUUUCUUGCCAUUUUCUCUACUGUUCUUUAUAUUCCAUGUCAUCUCUGCCUUAUAUGUGGUCAGUGCUCAAAGACACAGAGAUUAAGUAUCUUUUUGGAAAUUUAGCUGUCUUUGCUCUCUGACUCAUAUUUUCAGUGCAUGCAAGAGUUAGACCAUGUUUAGAGUUAGGGUUUUCAAAGAAUGAACAUUGCCUCCCUCAGUAGAAAAUGUUCCAGAUGAUGUUUAUAUAUCGUCGAGCCUUACUGAAUCCUUCAUAGCUCAAUACUCUAUACUACCAUCUGGAACAAGAGAAAAAUUAGGAGACUUUUCUACUUGCAAGCUUUUUGGGUUGGGAAUUACUCUUUUUUUUAAUAUAUAUAUUGUUUAACAUUUUUCUAACCCAGUAACUUGAAGAGCAAGAAGAUUUGUCUAAAGCCAGAUAGGAAUGAGAAGAUGGGCCAUAAGAAUGCGUAACGCUUUUCUUCAUUGUUGACAACAUUGAUUAUGUUUUGUCAUCACUGUAAAUGCUUGAGAUAUAAUGAAUCCAGAGCAUUUGGGGCAAUGUCUCCCUGGAACAGUGAAUAUACUGCCUUAACUUUGAUCAGGGGUCAAAAUACAAAGACAUUUUUGCUGGGGCCUAGAAAUUGAAUUUUUAAACUCACUGCACUGAUUCAUCAUGUGCUUUUUAGUUAGUAUCCAUGGUUAGAGUGGACAUAACUUGCAUUCUUGCUUUUUUUAAGUUUUUCAUAAGUUCUCUCAAGAAAAAUGCAGCUGUUCUAAACUGGAAUUUUUCAGCAUUCUUGAGAAUUUUAAACAAGUGGAACACUCCACUUUAUUUCUAGCAUAUGCUUUAGGUUCAUUUCUAAGUAGUGUUUAUGAAGAAAACUUAAAGCACAAACAUUUCAGCAUUGGAUACUUGGCAAAUUAUCCUUGGAGAGGCAGCAGGAGGAGGGCACCUCGGUCUCUCUGAACUUAGGAGUCUGACCCCAGAUCUUCCAUCUGUGGUUCUUGGAGUUGAGUGAUUCCCCUCUUUUAAAUCUGGGCUCACCAGUUCUGAAAUUCAGAUCCCACACAAGCACCCUUGCCAUUAGGGCACUUGGAAGCAUACAGCCGCAUAGGAGUUUACUGAAUACAGCUUAUUCUUCUGUGACGUAUGGUUUCAAACAUUUUUGCCAAAAGCCAAGCAGUGGUUAGCUGAAAAAGUCAUACUGCCCCAGGAUUAUACUGAAGCAGCUAUAAGCAGUAAAAAUAUGAUGUCAGAUUGAAAAUCACGUUUGCAUUUCUUACUGAGGACUGGUCCUGGAAUGUGCCUGAUAGUUUCUAUAUGAUAGCUGUUCUGGUGGCCCAGGCAUUUUGAAAACUGUUGUGUGGAGUAGAGUUCUAACCAUCCCUAUUAAGAAUAAAAGAGAAACCUGUCCAUUUCAGCAUCAUAAGCUAUCAUGGCAAAGGUAAAAAGGCCCCAGUUUUAUAACCUUAAAAACAGAAUUUCCAAGAGCUUGUAAGAACCCGGUGUGUUGGCCCCUCCCACUUUGUCUCUCCUUUAAAGUAGAUAGAAACCCAAGAAGCAAAGAACCUGUUUUGGACAGGAGCUCCGAACCAUUUCAUCCCUCUGUGUUCUCAUGAUUUUCUCUCAGGAAUCACACACUAGAACAGCACACUUUUCAUUUAGCCCAACGUGUGUUACUAAAAAUAGCUCAAAGUAUUUACCUAAGCAUAGAAUUUCAUCUUCUUUGUUUUAAGUAAAAAGGAAAAUUUUGGAACACAUGGGAUAUCUUAAAGAAAAUUUGUACCUCUUUACUGGAGGUUUAUCAUUGGACUCCAGAAUGCGGUACUAUCCAUCCCAAUGAAAAAAACCUAAAUAGUACCAAACGUUUUGAACUUUAAAUUAUGUAUUAAAGUUGAGCUUUUAACUAUAGCUGCUUCUCUUAAAAAGUGGUGUCUAUUAAAGUCAAUAAUGGCAAUCCUCAUUCCAUUAUGAAAAUUAAAAUCAUGUAAGCUUCCUAAUAGCACAAACUAAAUAUUAAAAUUCUUCUCUUCAAAGAAUCACUUCUUUUAAAUGACAACUGGACUGUUUUUAUGAUAAGUACAAGAGAGAGUGUCUCACAUUUUUCAAAAGCAGGCUUUUGUUGCAUAGUUCGGUCUAGGAAAGAAUAACAUUAAGUUAAUAAGCCACUGUAAUUACUUAAUUAUGUUGGUACAGAAACUAUAGAAUAUUUACCUUGGAAAGAAAAUGUUGAGACAUUAGAAAUCCUUAGGUAUUGGCAGAAUUCAAAAGAAUGCAUUUUUACAUUGUGACACAUAGAAACAGUGUAUUUUAUAAAAAUAAAGAUGUGGUGUGAUUUCUAAACCUUUUAAAAGUUCUAAAACAGUGGACAACGGAUAGAGGAAAUUCAGGAGAAAAAUGAAGGUAUUUCAAAGAAGGAUAGUUUCAAAGUUAGAUAUAUUUUGAAGGAUAUAUAUUUAUUAACAAAUAUAUUGUAAGAAUCUAUAUUAAAGUCACCUUGCAACUGAAAUUGGUACAUUCAAAAAUAUGUUUAAUGGAAAAGCUGUUCCAAGCAGUUGCCAUUUCAAAGGGUGGCCUGAGCACACUAAACCAUCUGUAUUCCUUUCUUAUUUCAUGAGAGGAAGCAGCUACAUGAAGCUACACUCAUUAUGCAAGCCUAAGAAUGUUCACUGUUAAGAGAAAUAAUAAUGCGUUUUUAAAAGGCAUAUAUUUCCUAUGCCACCAGAAUUUUUUGGAAAAUUGUGAAGCCCAAAUCAUGUGCAUUCAAUACAUUCAGAUAUUAGAAACAUAGCUACAUGCUCCUUCUCCACCAUGGAAACACUUCUUGAGGCUACCAAAAACCUGUUGAGCAAUGUAAGCCCCCAGAUAUUGAAUAGUGGUGUUUUCCUCAAAAGCACAAGAAAAUAGCAUUUUCACUUAUCAAUGCAAUUUUCAACCUAGUUGUGUUACAUACCUAUAUCUCAAGCAUUUCUAACUUGUACUUUUUCAGAAAAUAAACCAACAUAUUCCUUUGGCCUUUUCUACCAUCUGAUGUUUGUAUACAACAGAAAUGGAAAAGGAGGAGUCUGAUUUUUCAAUGUUUUCCUUUUUCUCAAUUAGUUUCUGUUGGUUUUAAUGAAGUACGAAUCAGCUUUUCAAAAUGUUUUGUAUUUCUUAGCAUUCCCGGGGAGUUUAGAUAAAUGAAUGAACUUCCAUUGACAUAUUUAUGUUUCCUUGAUACUGGUGCUCUGGCCUUUAAGAGGAAAACAGAAGCCUCUUGAAAAUUAAUACAGGCUUUUUUCAAGCAUCUACAUAAAUGUUUUUACAGUAAUUUGAAGGUUAUAGGGUAGGAAAGGGAGAUGAUUUUUCUUGCAAAUGCCCGUUUUAAAAUUCACUGUACUGUUUCAUUCUUGUUUUAUUCCAUUAUACUCCACAAGGUGGCACUUUUGGGGGGGAGGGGGGAGGGGAACAAUCUGAGCAAGGCUAAAGAGGUACUUCUGAAGACUUGGUUCUAACUUUAUUUUUCUGUAUAUUCUACUCUUGCUUAGCCCUUGUUUGUCAGAAUGAUUAAUAAUCUUCAUAACAUUCUGGAACCUCAAUAUUUUAGCUGUUAGCUAGGUUCUGAACAAUUGUCUGCAAGUAAGUUCUUCUUGAGAGUGAAGAAUACACCCAUUUUGAUCAUUUAAGCGCAUACAGAAAGCCAAGCCAAGGCAUGGUAUUUUUCAAGAAGCAUUUUUUUUUUUGAGGUCCCUAAUUACCUUACUGUUGCAGGUGCAGAAGCUACAAAGAUGGACAGGCUUACUCGUUAAAAGGCAACACGCAUCUGUGACUGGGAUAGUUUUGUUAGGAGUGUAAAAACUCCUCCAAGUGGCCUCAGCCAAAAUACCUAUGCCUCUGUUUGCUCUUUUCACAUUUCCUCCUAUGAUGGCCUUUAGACAUUGAUUAAAAUUGUAAAUCCUCAUUUAAAAAUCAGAUGAGUAGCAUAAGUAACAUUGGUGUUUAAGGAGACAAAACUAUUGUUUUCUGAAGAACUGCCAUGCCAAAAAACAGAGCCCUUAAAUUCUAAAAGACCCGGUAAUAUUUUUUUUUUUUUUACAUCUGUGUGAUCACAAGUGUAAAUUCACAAGAAACUCUAAUUUAAAAAAAAAAAAAAACCCUCUCCCAGCAUAUGAACAUAAUAAUCCAGGAGGAGCAUAUUUGCAUAAAUCUUUAAUUUCUCCACUUGGGACGUUCUUUGGCAGCUCUCUCUAUCUCCAUACACCUGUGUUUUAGUUCGCAGGUCUGCUCAGAGACUCACUGUCCCCCCGACCCCGAGAUGAUUUUAGUUAAUUUCAGAAGUCCCUUUGCUAAGUGUUACAGAAACUGAGGAGGAAGGCCAGCGCAGAACUUUUCCGUUCCUUAGCUCGGCACCACCGAAGGCAGCUCACCCCUCCCGAGUGGCAGAAGCCAACGGCACCCGCUUCACUUCCCGCAGAGUAGCCGGCAGGCAAGUCUCCCCACGUCCUGCUGCUGCAGGUACCGCGCGCUCCAGGGGCGGCGGGGGCGCCCGGGGAGCCCGGCCUCGUCCCUCGGCCAAAACCGCCCCCGUAGGAGGUUCCAGCCAAGCCCCUAAAUGGAAGGCCGAAUUCGGACCUCGCGUUGGUUGCCCGUUGGGCCGGCCUGAAAACCUGGGGCGGGGCCGCCUGGGGCCCGCCCGCCGCCCACCUGUCCGAGGUCCCGAGCCCUGCUGCUGUCUCAGAGGCAUCUGUUCCGCGCUCUUAGGAAGCCAAACGUCCCUAGAAGCAAACGGGUGUCUUCUGUGCAUAAAUAAGUACAACACAAUUCUUUGAAAGUUCGGGUAUAAAGAGAUGCUGCUCUGUAUGAAGCGUCUACCAGGCAUCUCUCAAGCUCUAAGCUCAGCUUUUUUUUUUUUUUUUUAAAGAGAAGAUGUAUAAUUACAGGAAAGAUUUUUUAUUUUUUUAUUUUCUAUCAUUCUACAUAUAUGAUGGCAGAAGAUACGUGUGGAGAAGUUUUGUUUUGAAAAUUUUGAAAUUUAUUUUCCGCUUCGGCGAAAGCUCCUCUUUAGUUUCUAAUUUCUUCCUUUUCUUUUCUUUUUUUUUUUUUUUUUCUUUGUCAAAUAGUUAAAGAUAUGCAAGCAAAUUAUCUCCCGGAGUAGGAGAUUUUCCUGUUUAGAGGAUCUUUUGUGUGAAUUGUUUCAUCAAGCAAAUAACCCUUUCUCUACUUUAGGAGUUUGGAUUGUCAAGUAUAGGUUUCCUUAAUUAAGGGGGCACAUAACUGUACAUAUUGCUAUAAAGAACUAUGACUGUAGCACUAAUGAGCAAGCAUAGAGCCACACACAGUUAUUUAAUUUCUAAAGCUCUGUGGUUUCUGGCCAAAUUCCAUUGGCAUGCUUAGGUUACAGUCCUGAAGAUACCCGUGGUACCCUUAACUUGAAAAAUUCUAAUCUUAGGUGUUUUGAAAUGCAAUAAUAUGUAUUAGCUAGCAAUAUUGCUGUGAUCACCAGCAACUCCUAAUUUAACCUCGAAGUCUCUGAAUAAUGAAAAUAGAUCCCAGCAGUAAUACAUUUCUUGAACUGCCCCCCAACUACAUUACAUAGCUUCUCAUUUUGGUCCUGUGUUUGCAACAGCUACACGUGAAUAUUACAAUGCCUCACUUACUUUUGUAUUCAUGUGUUUUACUAUGACCAGUAAUAAAUAUAUUAGUUAGUACAUGGAAUGAAUAGCAACUACCCCUAGAGUCAGCACUUAACAAGUUGGGGAAUUUCUAUUUCAAGUUGUUCUACACUUGCAUAAAUUAUUUCUAUUGUUAUUCAUGUAUGUUAUUUAUUUCUGAAUCACACUAGUCCUGUGAAAGUACAACUGAAAGGAGAUGGCAUUAGGAUUUGCAUUUAGUGUUUAUUAUCAUGGUCUUGAUGGAGCUAAGUAAAUUAAAAUUAGACUAAGCCCCCAGAUAAGCUGCAUGCAUUUUAAUAUGAUGGGUAGAAUUUAAGUCUGUAGGUGUAGUAUUUUUGUGUCUAGGUGUUUUAUCAUUACCUAAAGGAAUUAAAGCAAAGGACUUUGUAGUUCUUUUGUCAAGUAUCCAUAUAGUAUAGUGUGAAAAUACAGAAAAAAUUAAAACCAGAUAGAAAAGCAUCAGAAUCUGCCUUAAUUUAGGAACUCCGCCAGACGGCCACCAGAGUAGAAGCCAGGCAGAGACAGGUGCCUGGGUGGUGCCUCCUCUUUCUGGCCUUGAGAAGAAGCUUCCUUCCUGCGAUCACGUGCCUUCAUAGGUGUCAUGUGCAGUAGUGGGAACAGGUCGUACUGUUGCAAGAACAGGGUGAGAGUUUUCUGUAGAAGCAAACUGUCAGCUUGUGCCUUGGGGCUUCCAGAAUGUGUGAGAUGGAGAAAUUCAAGUUUCUGUGCUUCAAGCAACUGAGUUUUGUACAGAAGCAAUUCAGUCUGGUAAUAAAAACAAAGAUUGCAUGUACAGUACUCAACAAUGGCUUUUAACAACCAACAGUUCCCAACACCUCAGAAGCUUGUUGCAUUUCUGGUAUUUUAGGUUUUGAUCUGAAGGCUAAUUGGCAAGUGUUUGGUAUAGAAGAACAGGAUGUGUUAAGAAAAGCACAAUAUUGGUUCCCAUAGAGUGCAAAUUAGAACUAGAGGGUUUUAUGGGAUUUUCAUGUCAGAGAUGUGUAAAUGCAUGUUCUCACUGUAGAAUGUAUUAGUAUAGUGUUUCUGCAUUCCCAUAGGACUUAGUUAAAACUUUAUUCCAGGUUUUCAGCAAGGCUGUCAUACCCAGUAAGCUUUUUCGUUCGUUUGUUUUUGGGACUUACUCUUAUAAUAGAAAAUGUGUUAAACGUAGAAAAAAAAAUCGUAACUUGGACAUUUGACUUGUUGGUUUCUGUGUUUGAAAUCACGGUUCUGGAGAUGUAGAGACUGUGCAUGUGCAUGUCAGAUACUAAUCUAGGCUGUGUGAACCAGCCGAGAUCACCAAUGUCCUCCCAUCCUCUGUAUCCUGUCUCCAUCCAGGCCCGUCUGCGUGGUGCUCUUUAUCCUCCUGGCCGCCCUUUGGCCGUUGGGGCCAGGUGAGAGAGAUGCUGUAGGCAUCACAGGUGUGCCUGCUCAGGCUUGGCCGCCACUUCUACUUGACCUUUGGCUGGGCACAGAGUGUGCCCGCAACACCAAUCACAAAUGCCCUCUAGCCUGUUCGUGUGCAUCUUGAUUUUAAAACCAUGUCUUUCUACGGAGCAUUCAAUUUUCGGCUGUGGUACAAAGAGAAAAACUAAACAAGCCUAAAAACCACAUUCCAGGCUGCUGUUUUCUAUCCAUCCACAGGCCAUAGUUUUACUGUAUUUCUUCAUACUUGAAACUCAUUCUGCUAUUUUAAUAUCAGGGUACAGACAUAUAAGGGUGCAUGUUCCUUAAAGGUGCAAAAUUACUCUCAUUCCGUUUGCUCGAAUUGCUACAGAAUGCUGUUUUGGUGCUUUGGGUUGAGCAGGUCAAAGAAGCAGUGUGGAAAAUCACUGCCUGGAACACAGUCUUACAAGAACGUUGGCAGAUGGCUUGGUAGUAGAUGUUGCUUCUGCUCUUUUCUCCAUACACAGCUUGAGAUUACCACCCUAGCUUGUCAGGUUCAUCUGAGUAUCCUUUCUCACAGAGUGCCAAACCCUGUGCCCCCCCCAAAAAAUGGGGGUGCAGUGCAGCUCUCUGAAAGCAGAGGCCUUCCUAAGUGCCAGAUCAUUUAGCCCCCAAAGAAAAAUGGCCGUGGGUGUAGACAGGAGCAGAAUGGGAAGGGCUCUCUCACUCUAGUGACCAUCCCUCCACGCUGUACAGAAAGCUCUGUACGGGGGGAAGAAAAAGAAUAAAAAAAAAAAAAAGCUUAACUGCAAAGUUACCCCCUUCAUAGCACCCUGAGCUAAAUGAUCUUGCUUCUUUCCCUUUAGGUAGAUGAAAAUACAGGUCAGUUUAUCUAGACUCUUCCCACCGGAAGAGGAAAUUAGAAAAGUAGGUUAUUUGUAUCUUGUAAAAUAUGUAAUCCAAGGACUACCAAAAUUUACAUUAAAUCCCCCAUCAGUAGCAAUCUGUUUUAAAAAGUAGCUCAAGUUAAAGAUGCUCUGACCUGAACUGCCCGAGGUCAGGGGCAGCCGUUCUAGCACGCUCACUCUGGGACUCCUUGGGAGAGCGACAACUACCAAUGUUGACUUUGUUGCAGUGGCAAAGAUAGCAUGUCAGACGAUUCAGAGGGUUGCAGAUCACAAAUCCUUUGGAAACUGGAUGUCUUACUGGGUGCUAGAAUGCAAAUUUAGGUAUUUAUUGUUGGAUAAUGGAAUUCAUUGUUUUUUAAGAAUUAGUGUUGAAAUGUCACUGUCCAGUUCAUUGUUUUCACUUAUGCACAAGCUAAAUUGAAGCAACAUGACAAUGGUUUGUAUAUUUGUCAUACCUUUUGUAUUUCUUACAAUAAAAAUAUUGGUAGCAAAUAAAAAUAAUAAAAACACCAAUCUUGGA